UGAGCCACCAUGCCUGGCCAACUUCUUGCUCUUUUUGCCACUCCUUUUAAGCUGAUAUAUUUGGAACUGAGGUAGCCUCAUUCUACAGGUUUAGAUCUGAAGUAUUUUAACUAUUGCUUCUUCCAGUGUAUUUUCUGGUUUGCAGGCCAGUUUCUUCUUUAACUCAUCAGUGACACAGUGGUUUGUAUGGCUUUUAAUUUCAAAGAAUAUUUUUUCAAUUUGCUUUUUUGUUUUUUGCUGAUUUUUAUCUAUGUUAAUUUUAACUAGACAUGUUCCCUUGAUGGGCAUGACUAGAUUUUUUCUUCCCCACUGCGUUUAUAAUUUAGAUGGAUUUUCACAUCUCAAGCCAGUUUAGAGUGUGGAAAAUAGGACUCCUUAAAGCACAGAUAUGACAGGUGGUUCAGAUUUACGAGGGUAACUCAGGUGAGAGUGUAUCAUUGUACUUGGCACACAGCACUCAGUAACUAUCACCUUUGAUUUAAAUGAAUGCAGCUGUAAAUGCUUUCCUAGGUGUCUUGUUGAUGUUUGUUAAUUUCUGUAGAGUUUCAUUCUGCUCCUUUCACUGUUUAUCACUUGACCCUUAUCACUUGAGAGUCCCCUUAUCACUUGACCUGCUGUUACAUUAUGUUUGAUUUAUUACAAAUACCCCAUCAGCCUGGGUCUCUCUUUACUCCCUUUGUACACCUACAUCUAAACAUAGGGAUUUGGAUUAUCUCAGGAUCCCACAUCCUCACUGUACCCCCACCGCUACCAUAUCUUUCUUAAGUUUUCUAGUCCCUCCUUUUCAUUUGUGCUUCUUAAAGCCCAGCCCCAUGCCUGACUGUGGUUCCCACUGAGUUCUGUGACAAGCAUUCUACAUUUAUAGAUAUUAAAUCUUUGGCUGGGUCAUUUACCUGGGCUGGAAUAGGGCUCUCGGCUGAUCCUCCUUCCUAAACACCCACUCAAUGGGAGAGGCUGAUACCCAACAUGCAAACCUUGUUUUUUACUUCUCCAGGCAAAGGGAUGUUGGAAGACAUUCUGGAGGGGGUAGGGUGUGAAGAUUUACAAAUAAUCUUUGAAUAUCUGCUUCAUGAUAGGUCUUGGAGGUGCCUUGUGGGUGUGGCUUUGGAGGGAUGGUUACGAAGAAAUUGUGGAUAUUAAGGAAGUCAGGAAAGGAAAAGAUCACUCACUCACAAUUCAACAAUUCAGAGAAAGCUCCUAAGGGACUUUCUGGCUGCUUGAUGCCCUAGAAGCCAGGCCCUCACUUCUGUAAAUGCUGGGGACUGUGGAUACAGAAUUUAAAGGGUCACCAAAAAAACUCAGUAAUCAAGAUAAACAAUAUUUUAAUGUAAUAUCUUUAAAAAUAAAAUCAAUGCAAAAAGAAAACACCCCUGUUGAACAAAACGCUCAGACUUAUGCCUCCUUUCCAACACCGCCCCACCUCCACCCCACCCUCCGGAAGUUUCCUCCAAGCCGCACCUGUACCCCAGCCUCCAAUAAAAACCUCGGGAAUUUCCUGAUCAAGCUUCGGAUCCCCACCACCACCAGGGGAUCUUUUGCUGUUCACCCCAAGUUCAGUCUGCAUCCCCUAAAAUCCUAGGGACACGCGACCAGUCUCCCCCAUCUGCAUUCCGGGAGUUUGCCCCAAACCAAUCCUGCUCUCCGCGAAAAUAGCCUUGGGGUUCCCUGUCCUGGUACACCCUCCUACUCUAGGGGACAAAGGGCCGGUGUCGCCUCCAAACUGGUAGUUCCCGCAGAGCAUCGUCUCUCCCUGAGCCGCGUCUGUCCCGACCUGGCUCAGGGAAGGGCGCAUCAGGGCGGAGACUUGCGUAGUGAGCUCAGCUCACCCGCACCUUGAAGGUCAGCGCACACUGGCCACCCGCAGAGCACCGGGACCACAUUUUGCAGAAUCCUUCGGCAGUCCCGCGAUGUCUUCGCGGUCAGCAGAUCUCAUUGGUUUACAGAGAAACUUGUCAACGUCACUUGGGCAUCUUAAGAGUGGGUUCGUAAACUUGGUUGUGUGCGCUGUGCAGAUGUCAGUCACCCUGUGUGGUGGGCAAAGCCGACUUCUCCGCCUCUGUAUCUCCGAAACUACAAUCCCCAGAGGCCUCUGCGGUCACUUCCGCUCCCAUCCCUAUGCUUCAGUGUGUAGUGUUGACGUCAGAAACACUUCCGGUCGGUGGCCCAGGCGCGUUAAGCUGGUUGGGACCCGGGAAGGCCUCCCUCUUAAGGUCUUUCCCACACCUCUGCAUCUUGUUACCUGACCUUCGGCUUCAGGAUCCGCAGCGUGCACCCGCGUUCCAUCUGUCUUCUGAGACUUUGCCCUUCUCCAGGAAGAGCACUCAGGAGACCAGGAAAAUGGCCACAGGGCUCCUGAGAGCCAAAAAAGAGGCGUUCGUGGCAUUCAGGGAUGUGGCUGUGGACUUCACCCAGGAGGAGUGGAGGUUGUUGAGCCCUGCUCAGAGGACCCUGCACAGGGAGGUGAUGCUGGAGACUUAUAACCAUCUGGUCUCACUGGAAAUUCCAUCUUCUAAACCAAAACUCAUUGCUCAGCUGGAGCGAGGGGAAGAGCCCUGGAGAGAGGAGAGAAAAUGUCCACUGGACCUCUGUCCAGCAGAAUCGAAGCCAGAAAUUCAACUUAGUCCCUCCUGCCCUCUGAUUUUCUCCAAUCAGCAAGCUCUCAGCCAACAUGUGUGGCUGAGUCAUCUCUCUCAGCUGUUUUCAAGUUUAUGGGCAGGAAAUCCUCUCCAGCUGGGAAAACACUAUCCAGAAGAUCCGAAACAACAGCAGGAUCCAUUCUGCUUGAGUGGCAAAGCAGAAUGGAUUCAAGAGGGAGAAGACUCCAGACUCCUGUUUGGGAGAGUAAGCAAAAAUGGCACUUCAAAGGCACUUUCUAGCCCGCCUGAAGAACAGCCAGCACAGUCCAAGGAAGACAACACAGUGGUGGAUAUAGGGCCCAGCCCUGAACGGAGGGCAGACCUAGAGGAAACAGACGAAGUAUUGCAUGGUUUAGAAGUCUCAGGAUUUGGAGAAAUCAAAUAUGAAGAGUUUGGGCCAGGCUUUAUCAAGGAGUCAAACCUCUUUAGCAUCCAGAAGACACAAACUGGGGAGACACCUUACAUGUACACUGAGUGGGGAGACAGCUUUGGCAGUAUGUCAAUCCUCAUCAAAAACCCAAGGACACACUCUGGGGAAAAGCCUUAUGUGUGCAGGGAAUGUGGGCGAGGCUUUACGUGGAAGUCAAACCUGAUCACACAUCAGAGGACACACUCAGGGGAGAAACCUUAUGUGUGCAAGGAUUGUGGACGAGGCUUUACUUGGAAGUCGAACCUCUUUACACAUCAGCGGACACACUCAGGGCUCAAGCCUUAUGUGUGCAAGGAAUGUGGGCAGAGCUUUAGCCUGAAGUCAAACCUCAUCACCCACCAGAGGGCGCACACUGGGGAGAAGCCUUAUGUUUGCAGGGAAUGUGGGCGUGGCUUUCGCCAGCAUUCACACCUGGUCAGACACAAGAGGACACAUUCAGGAGAGAAGCCUUACAUUUGCAGGGAGUGUGAGCAAGGCUUUAGCCAGAAGUCACACCUCAUCAGACACUUAAGGACACACACAGGAGAGAAGCCUUAUGUAUGCACAGAAUGUGGGCGUCACUUUAGCUGGAAAUCAAACCUCAAAACACACCAGAGGACACACUCAGGGGUUAAACCUUAUGUCUGCCUGGAGUGCGGGCAGUGCUUUAGCCUGAAGUCAAACCUUAACAAACACCAGAGGUCACACACAGGGGAGAAGCCAUUUGUAUGUACGGAGUGUGGGCGAGGCUUUACCCGGAAAUCAACCCUCAUCACGCACCAGAGGACACACUCAGGGGAGAAGCCAUUUGUAUGUGCUGAGUGUGGACGAGGCUUUAAUGAUAAGUCCACCCUCAUUUCACACCAGAGGACACAUUCAGGGGAAAAGCCUUUUAUGUGCAGGGAGUGUGGCAGAAGGUUUCGGCAGAAGCCUAACCUGUUUAGGCACAAGAGGGCACACUCAGGUGCCUUUGUGUGCAGGGAGUGUGGGCAAGGCUUUUGUGCUAAGUUAACUCUCAUUAAACACCAGAGAGCACACGCAGGGGGGAAGCCUCAUGUGUGCAGGGAGUGUGGGCAAGGCUUUAGCCGGCAGUCGCACCUCAUUAGACACCAGAGGACACAUUCAGGAGAGAAGCCUUAUAUUUGCAGAAAAUGUGGACGGGGCUUUAGUCGGAAGUCCAACCUUAUCAGACAUCAGAGGACACACUCAGGAUAGAAACUUUAUGUGUACAGGGAAUGUGGUACAGCCUUUAGCCAGGAGUCAUACUUCAUCAGACACCAGAGGACACACACAGUGCUGUGGCUUUUUCAGCCAUUGCUAGAUACCAAAGUGGAGACAUUGUGUGUGUGAUUGUGCAUGAGACUGUACUGGUAAGACUUGUAUCUCCAUCCACCUGAAGGAGAAUUGCUGGCUCAUUUUCAGGAGCCCUGCCCUUCCUCACUGUGGAUGGUGGGUUGUGGAAACCCGGUCAGGUAAUGAUAGUGGCAGGAGGCAGUCAAAUGCCCAGGCAGAUAGGGGUGGGUACCUGGUGAAACCCAACCUUAAAGCUGAAGACAGUCCCGGCUAAAUCCUCAUACUGAAUUGAGAACCUGUCUUCCCAUUUGGUGUGCUUUCCUCCGAUUGAUCCCAACCCUUCACCUAUUUUACAUAUACCUGCCCUUUCCUAAUUGGUUUUUACACUGCUGUGCCCACCUUUGAGUGGUGCCUUUGCAUACUUACAAAUCAGUCAACAUGUAUUCCCCUAUUCUGAGCCCAUAAAAGACCCAGACUCAGCUGCAGUGAGGAGAGAAAUCACCCUGCUGUGGGGGUUGGGGACCACUCCCUGCAUCCCCUCUCCACUGAGAGCUGUUCUUUCGCUCAAUAAAAUUCUUUUCUACCCAUCCUCA